UGUCUCUCUGUCAGAUACCGUGCUUAUGUGGAAGUGCCCCGUGCCUGCUUUGCCGAUGCUGCCCCAGUGGAAACAACUCCACCAUAACUCGGCUGAUUUAUGCAUUCUUUUUACUUCUUGGCGUGAGUGUUGCCUGUGUGAUGUUAAUACCAGGCAUGGAAGAGCAGCUGAAGAAGAUCCCUGGAUUUUGUGAUGGAGGGAUGGGAACAACUAUUCCUGGUGUGCAUGGCCAUGUGAAUUGUGAUGUACUAGUUGGUUACAAAGCUGUGUACCGUGUGUGCUUUGGUAUGGCCAUGUUCUUCCUUCUCUUCUCUUUACUGAUGAUCAAAGUGAAGAGCAGCAAUGACCCAAGAGCUGCGGUGCACAAUGGAUUCUGGUUCUUUAAAUUUGCAACGGCACUUGCAAUUAGUGUUGGAGCUUUCUUCAUACCAGAGGGACCAUUUACAACCGUGUGGUUUUAUGUAGGUAUGGCUGGGGCGUUCUGCUUCAUUCUUAUUCAGCUGGUCUUGCUAAUUGACUUUGCCCACUCCUGGAAUGAAUCUUGGGUUGAAAAAAUGGAGGAAGGAAACUCAAGAUGCUGGUAUGCAGCUCUGCUGUCAGCUACAGCUGUCAAUUAUCUGCUGUCUCUAGUAGCUAUUGUCUUGUUUUAUGUUUAUUACACUCAUCCAGAAGGUUGUUCUGAAAACAAGACAUUCAUCAGUGUUAACAUGCUGCUGUGUAUUGGUGCUUCUGUAAUGUCAAUUCUGCCAAAGAUUCAGGAAUCUCAGCCAAGAUCUGGUUUGCUGCAGUCUUCUGUCAUCACAAUUUAUACAAUGUAUUUGACUUGGUCAGCAAUGACCAAUGAACCAGAUAGGCGCUGCAACCCAAGUUUGCUGAGCAUCAUUGGUUACAACAGCACCACCAUUCCAACCCAAGGUCAGGUAGUUCAGUGGUGGGAUGCACAAGGAAUUGUAGGACUGGUUUUGUUUUUGCUGUGUGUUCUUUAUUCAAGCAUCCGAACAUCCAACAACAGCCAAGUGAACAAGCUGAUGCUGACCAGUGAUGAAUCAACACUGAUAGAGGAUGGAAUGCCCAGGAGUGACGGCUCCCUUGAUGAUGGAGACGAUGUUCACCGAGCCAUAGAUAACGAGAGAGAUGGAGUUACUUACAGUUACUCCUUCUUUCAUUUUAUGCUUUUCCUGGCAUCGCUGUAUAUCAUGAUGACGCUUACCAAUUGGUACAGUCCGGAUUCUUCUUAUGAGACAAUGACCAGCAAAUGGCCGUCUGUCUGGGUGAAGAUAUCUUCCAGCUGGAUUGGCAUUGUGCUGUACGUGUGGACUCUGGUUGCUCCACUGGUUCUUACAAACCGUGACUUUGACUAAGCUGUGCUGCUCUCUAGGGAGAUAGUGCUAGCUUCACCGCAUCUUUGAAACAAACAGUAUUCCCGAUAAUAGUGCAGUUGUAAAUACGUGUGUGUGCACGCGUGUGUGCGUGUGCUAUCCAUGUAGUAUUCCCCGCUUUCUUCUGCAUGAUCACCUUGAAUCAUGUCUUUUGUCAUUUCACUAAAUGACUUUUUCUAGCUGAGCUCAGUGACAAUUGCUAUAAUGAUGGUUUUUAUAGGAUUACUCCUAGAUUGAGUGCUUCGGGAGCAUUAGAUGUAAGAUCAAGACCUUCUGGAAGCAGGGUUUUUUCCCCUCAAUUGCAUUAAAUAGCUGUAGGAAAAGAAGUGCAAGUGUUAAUUAGGGUAACAAAACAGUGUUAAGACCAGGCUUUGCAAGAGUAGGAGGAACUGCCUUUGAUCGCUGUUGCCUUGACUCCAAAUUAAGUCUUGGGUAAGCUCGAGCCUCAACUCUGCAUGUUGGAGUUUACAGGACAUCUUGCAGCAUUUUGGUGCUAAUGGCCUGACCUUUUCCCAUACGGAGGGCAGCAGCACCGUUAGCCCAGAUGUUAAAUGGGGAAACUUGCACCUGAAGCUGCGGAGGAGCUGAUGUCCUCCUGGGUGCUGUUGGGUGGAUGUUGCAGACAGGACAGACACCCUGGGGAAAAACAUCCUGGUAUCAGAUGCUCUGAAGCAUGUUUUUAAGGCACUUGUUUACAAUGUGUAUCUAUGUAUUAUUAUUAUUAUUAUUCUUUUUUUUUUUUAAAGUAGUUUAAAUGAGAUAGCUGUGCUGUAAUUUAUUGCUGGUUUGUGUGCCACUUUCUUGGCUAAGCUACAAUCAGAGUGUUUGAGGAGCCAGGUGGUGAAAACUGUAAGCCCUUUAGAGGAAUUUCUUGAGUAUUGUGGUUAAAAAAAAGUGGAGGAAAAGGAGCACUGAAAUUACAGUAACUGAAGGAGGCUUGCAUUAACUGAGGCUUCAACAAGUGUUUCUUAAUAUAUUUGGGGUUCUAAAUCUUGAAAUCUUUUAGUGUAUUAAGUAUUUUGCUUGUUGUCCAGUGCCAGAGAGGGACUUGAGCCUAAAAAGUCUAAAUCUAGGCAUGAGGCAAGACAUUAAUCUGUUUGAUUAAAAUACUGUAUAGUUCCUGUGCAGUUAUGAAAUCUUAUAUGCUUUUGUGCUUGCUGCUUUGUCAGGGCAGUGUGUAAGCUGCAGUAUUUAUGUUAGUUGUUACAAUUUGAGACUAGAGCAGCCUGACUGGGAGUGACCCUUGAGCCUUCAGCAGAUGUGCUGACUUGUCACCGUGGUGUUUGUACUAUACUGUUACUUCCUCUCGCUGAUUGUACUCUUUUAUUUCUGCACCUAAACACUGACAUUUACUGCAGAAGUCUGACACAUCAAACUUGAGAUGGUAACGGAAGGAUUAGUAAAGGCUUGUAAUAAUUUGGAAUAUGUUGUUACCUUAUUAAUAAAUAAAUUUGGAUGAAGA